AUGGCGCCGCAAACACUCGACCAGAUUGUCAAAGGCGCGCCGGCGCCGAGCACGAGCUUGCACAGGGUGGCCGAGAGCGUCGAGCGAGACCCGCCGCCCUAUUCAGCGUCCAUCCUCGCCGACCCGCCCCACGAUGCCAACGGCCGCCUGCCCACCAUCAAGACGCCGCGGCCGCCCGUCCUCAGCGACCCGACGUCGCUCCUGCCCUCGUCGCCGCCCCAGAUCUACCUCAACCUGCUCAUCCUCGAGGCCAGCCUCCGCAGCCAGUACCUCACCCUCCGCGCCCGUCGGCGGCAGAACACCUUCGUCCUCACACUGCUCGCCGUAUGGAUCGGCUUCUGCUUCUACCUGCUGUGGCUGCGCCCGCGAGAGGAUGGCAAGGGCAUUGGCGGAUCGCAAUACUGGCUCGUUGACAUGCUGCAGAAGGUGGGCUUCAUCACAGGCGUCGUCACCGCUCUGCUCUUCUGGGCGACUGGUCAAUGGGAAAGAGGAGUACGAUGGCCACGACGCUGGAUUGGAGUCGCGAACCGAGGCCUGAGGGGUAUGAACGCUAAGAUUGUGGUCAUUAGAGGGCCAUGGUGGAGGGAGCUGGUGGAAUGGGGACACUUCAUCGUGCCAUUUUCCGGCGGGCUAUGGGGAGGCGAGCAGGGCGGCAGUUCAUACCACUUCAUCAACAUUGCGCAGGAAAACAAGCACGCCUUGGACGGCGGCCGACCCCGCCAUCGCAUAACGGAAGACGGCAAGGAAUACGCCGAAGAAGACAUUGCGCCUGGAGGCGACUACAUCAAGCUGCUCCUGCUCCCGAAGCCUUUCACGCCCGACUUCCGACAAGAGUGGGAGGUUUACAGGAACGAAUACUGGGCCACCGAAAACGAGCGACGAGCUGAGCUGCGGAAGCGCGUCCGGGCCAGACAACGCGAGAUUGCAAGAGAAGAAGGAGGCUGGCUUUGGUGGACCGGCUGGCGGGGAUGGAAGCGCGCUCGCGGUAUCAGUGGACGGAGUGCAGACGUAGAAAAGAGCGGACACCACCACGGUCACAGCCACAGUCUCUCUCACACUGGCUCGCGGAAACGGCGACUGAGCACCUUGCAAGCCGCCAGAGGAAGAGACGGAUCGCAUUCGAGAAGUUCGUCCCGUAGCACGACGCCCACACCAGACGUAGACAUGGACGGUCGCCUCCGCCCAAUGGAAAGCCAUGAGCGCCGGUGGAGCAACGCGUCGAAUAGCACAACUACAAGUCGCAAGUCUUCUCUCCGCUCCAGCACAACCAUUACACAGGGCAACGCGCAGUCGGCACGCCAGCCACCGCAAAGACCUGCCGUCAGCUCUCGACCCAGUACGCCUAAUGAAGGCAAUCUACCUUGGCAGAGUAAGAGGGCGAGUAUGCUUAGCAACGCCUCAAGCAUGAGUGAAAUGGAAGAAGACGGCGGGUAUGAGGCUGCCACGGAGGGAAGAGCAGACAUACGACCAACCCCGAAGAGAAGGACGAGUCGGGAAGGCGGUGGCAGUGGAAGGGCUGAAAGCGCCUAG